UUCAUUUUGUUUGAAUUUAACAAUUUUUAAACGAUGAAUUAAUAACUUAUAACUUAAAAGAAUUCAGUUUUGACGAUAAAUUUUCCGAUAAAUUUCCCUUCUUACGAUCAUACCAGCAAAUUCCAGAAAGCUAUUUCCGAAGCUCGAGCAUCCCGAAUAGCACGUGGUACUGUACUAGAGCGCGUUCACGGACUGUUUACCCGACAGCGAAAUUAUUCCAACAUGGCGGGAAACUUUUGGCUGAGCUCUCAUUUUCAGCAAUGGCUGUUCGAUCGACAGGAUCUAAUCCGCGAACGCCAAGUGGACUACCAGACUCUGUCCGAAGAUGAAUACCAGAAAAUCAUGAUCUUUUACGCCAAUGUCAUCCAAGCCAUCGGCGAACAGCUCAAAAUCAAGCAGCAAGUUAUCGCAACUGCAACUGUGUAUUUCCGAAGAUUCUACGUUAGGAAUUCGCUAAAAACGAUUGAUCCAUUACUUUUGGCGCCGACGUGUUUAUAUUUAGCCUCGAAAGUUGAAGAAUUUGGAGUGAUAAGUAAUUCGCGAUUCGUUAAUGUUUGCCAAGGAAUUGUGAAAAAUAAAUUCGGAUAUGCUUUCACACAAGAAUUCCCCUAUCGCAUUAAUAAUAUUUUCGAAUGUGAAUUCUACUUGUUGGAGAUGAUGGAUUGCUGUUUGAUUGUGUUUCAUCCAUACCGUCCCUUGGCGCAGUUCUGCCAAGAUCUGGGCGCCAGCAUGGAUAAGAAAGAUCCGGCAUUGCAGGAUUCCAUCUUCAAUCUGGCAUGGAAAACCGUCAAUGAUACACUGCGUACUGAUCUCUGCCUUUUGUAUCCGCCGUACCUUAUUGCUUUAGGUUGCAUUAGCAUUGCCUGUAUAACUUUACAAAAGGAUUUCAAGCAGUGGUUCGCUGAAUUGGCGGUGGACGUUGACAAGAUACAGGAAGUCGUGCGACACAUCAUGAAUUUGUACGAAUUGUGGAAGAGUUUUGAUGAGAAGAAAGAGAUCCCAGUUUUGCUUUCCAAAGUCCCCAAACCAAAGAGCCCACCCAGAUAAUUUAUGAAAAGUUUGUUCAGUUGUUUAUUAUGUUCUGGUUAUAUUGUUUAAUGCAGUAUAGAGCAUAUAUCUGUCGCUUCUCAAUGAACAUGUAAUUUAUCUGAAAAUCUUGUAUGAAAAUUGAAAAUUAAAUUUUGAAUUGUGUAUAUCCUAAAAAACAACAUCAAUCCUAAAACAUGUUCUGUCAUGCAAUUCAGGAGACUGCUCGAAUAAAAAUUAA